AUGCGUCCUAAGAACCCCCUCCACUCGCGGCCCAGACUCCGAGUAUUGUCGGGGGCUAUUCUCUCUCCCAGGAACAUGGCGGCGAGUCAGGGAGGCGGUGGGAACAGUGGGGGAGGCGGUUGUGGUGGAGGUGGAAGUGGCGGUGGCGGUGGCGCGGCUGGAGGAGGAGGUGGUGGUGGAGGAGGAGGUGGUGGGGCCGGGGCGGGAGGAGGUGGCGGCUGUGGCGGAACCGUGGCGGUGCCCAUCCCGGUCCAGACUCUUUUCGGUCAGCCGUUCCCCAAUGGGCCGCAGUGGCACCCGGGGAGCUUGCAGCCUCAGCACACCGUGAGGAGCCUGGACCGGGCCCUGGAGGAGGCGGGGAACUCUGGCAUCCUGAGCCUCAGUGGCAGGAAACUCAGAGACUUCCCUGGCAGCGGCUACGACCUGACGGACACCACCCAAGCAGAUCUUUCCAGAAAUCGCUUUACAGAAAUUCCUUCAGAUGUGUGGUUAUUUGCACCACUUGAAACAUUAAACCUAUACCAUAAUUGUAUCAAAACCAUUCCUGAAGCCAUUAAGAAUUUGCAGAUGUUAACAUACCUUAACAUUAGUCGAAAUCUUUUAUCAACAUUGCCAAAAUACCUAUUUGACCUUCCCCUUAAAGUUUUGGUUGUCAGCAAUAAUAAACUGGUAUCUAUUCCAGAAGAAAUUGGAAAAUUAAAAGAUUUGAUGGAGCUGGACAUUAGCUGCAAUGAAAUUCAGGUUCUUCCUCAACAAAUGGGAAAAUUACAUUCCCUUAAAGAGUUAAAUAUAAGAAGAAAUAAUCUUCAUGCUUUGCCAGAUGAAUUAGGAGAUCUCCCCUUAGUCAAGUUGGAUUUCUCCUGUAAUAAAGUGACUGAAAUUCCUAUUUGCUAUAGGAAGCUGCAUCAUUUGCAAGUAAUAAUUUUGGAUAACAAUCCAUUGCAAGUGCCGCCAGCACAGAUAUGCUUAAAGGGUAAAGUACACAUAUUUAAGUACUUAAAUAUCCAAGCAUGUUGUAGAAUGGAUAAGAAACCAGAUUCCCUGGAUCUUCCAUCGCUGAGUAAAAGAAUGCCUUCUCAGCCUCUCACAGACAGUAUGGAAGAUUUUUAUCCAAAUAAAAAUCAUGGCCCUGACUCUGGAAUUGGAAGUGAUAAUGGAGAGAAGCGAUUGUCUACAACGGAACCGUCAGAUGAUGAUACAAUCAGUCUUCACUCUCAAAUCUCAGAAUCGAAUAGAGAGCAAACAUCCAGAAAUGACAGUCAUAUAAUAGGAAACAAGCCUGAUUCUCAAAAAGAUCAGGAAGUGUAUGAUUUUAUUGAUCCCAACACAGAAGAUGUAGCAGUUCCUGAACAAGGAGAUACACAUAUUGGAUCAAUUGUCUCUUUUCUUAAGGGGAAAGAAAAGUGCUCCGAAAAGUCUCAGAAAAAUGAAGAACUCGUAAAUGAGAAAAAUGUCUCAGCAGAUGAAGGGAAUUCUCCAUUAUCACCCCUUGCAUGGCAGCCAUUAGAAAAUCAGAAGGAUCAAAUAGUUGAACAACAGUGGCCAGAAUCUCAGCCUAUAAUCUGGCAAAAUGAAGAAAGGAGACGGAGCAAGCAGAUCAGAAAAGAAUAUUUCAAGUACAAAUCAACAAGGAAGAAUUCAAGUGGCAAUGAAAAUGAGGAGCAAGAGAGUGAUAAUGCUCAUAUGUCACCACAGUCUCCGGUAUCAUCCGAGGAAUAUGACAGGACUGAUGGCUUUUCACAUGGUCCCUUUGGCUUGAAGCCUAGAUCAGCCUUUAGUCGUGCAUCUCGGCAAGAAUAUGGGGCUGCGGAUCCAGGAUUUACAAUGAGAAGGAAGAUGGAACAUUUACGGGAAGAGCGUGAACAGAUAAGGCAGCUUCGCAAUAAUCUUGAAUCCAGAUUAAAAGUAAUUCUUCCUGAUGACAUAGGAGCUGCACUGAUGGAUGGGGUUGUUCUUUGCCAUUUGGCCAAUCACAUAAGGCCACGCUCUGUAGCUAGUAUUCAUGUACCAUCACCAGCAGUGCCCAAGCUGAGCAUGGCAAAAUGUCGAAGAAAUGUAGAAAAUUUUCUUGAUGCUUGCAAAAAGUUGGGUGUUUCCCAGGAGAGACUCUGCUUGCCUCACCAUAUUUUGGAAGAACGAGGUCUUGUGAAAGUCGGUGUUACUGUUCAAGCACUCCUUGAAUUGCCUACUACCAAGGCCUCGCAGCUUUCUAUGGCUUGAUGUGAUGAUGAAAAAAAAAACUACACGUGUAUAAUUUCAUGUAUUUGAAAUGAUUUCAGAGAUCUCAAAAUCAUGGAGAAGAAUGUCCAGUAAAAAUAGUUUGCCUUAGGUUGCGGUUUUCAAAAUUACAUUAAGAUCUCAGAUUUAAACUUGGAGGAAAAUUGGAUUAAUUUAAUAGGAGUUUUCGAUAAAUUAAAAAUUUCCUUUUAUUAUGUAAUUUAAGAACCUUGACUAAUUUUCAAAAUGAUGAUUGAUACAAAAUUUAAAACAUGCUUUCAAUUUAACAAUUACAUUAAGUUGAAUAUUUUUACAUCACCGUAUACUAGUAAACAUCUGGGUAAAAGUAAUCAUAUUUUAGGAUAGCAGUUCUAUAUUUGAGUUAUUUCAUAUACUUCUAGUUUGUACACAAUCUCUUCAAUAUUUUGUCUUUGUUUCCUAGGAAAAAAAUGAAUGGCAUUAUUCAAUUCUUUUAGUAUUAUCAGUUGGUGCCAAAAUAUUUUCAUUUAUAUUGUAGGUUGUUUACAUGUGAAGUGCCUGUGUAAUUGAUGAAUCUCAAAUAGUCUUAAGCAUUUUUGCUAUUUCUUUUUAUGUAUUAAUAGAAUCAAUGGAAUUUUUAAAUAUUUUGGUAGGUUUUGUACGGUCAGUAAUACGUGAGGAUUCAAAUGUGCCUCACAUUGGUGGUUUCUUAGUUAAUCCAUUACAGUUUUUAUUAAAUUGGUUCUUUCAUGUUGUCAAAAAUGUUAAUGUGCUUAAUUUAUGCUAUUUAAUUUUGCAAAAGCAUACUCAUCUUUUAAAUUGUUUUAUCUGAAGUGUAUUUUAUUUCUGUGUUGAAAACGUUACACAAAACAGUAAGACUUUGGAGGACCAGGGAAGUAAUAAUUGUCAAGGACAUUUUGAUCCAAAAACUGUCAGUGUUUGGGUUUAUAUCUUGACUUAUCAGAACAUUAAGUACAUCAGUGCUGCCUUCCGUAUUCAGAGAGCAGCCAUUGAGAAGCAGGUUUUGAUUGAAAAUUUGGCCAUUUCUGGAUCAUGUACACCUUGUGAUCCUCAAGUAACUUGAUGUUGAAUUAAACAGUCUGUUUCAUGAAAUAGUAUGUUCCGUAAAGUCCUUGCUUGAUUUGAAGGUGGAUAAACUUACGAUGGUAGUAGUGCAGGAAUUUUUCCAAAACAUUACUGUGAUGAAUAUCUCAGUUUACUAUAGAAGAGCCUUCAUAUUCACUUUUGUAGCAGCCAAGCAAGUAUCAUUUCUUAAUUGUGUGAUUAUUUGCACUUGUUACCUCUUAAUAUGGAUGCAACUUAAUAAAAACGUUGGCCUGGAUAUUUCAAAGGACAUUUAUAAAAUGUAAAAUGUCAUGUGCCAAAUACUAUGGUAAGGAUUGGUUUUAGGUAUAAUUCUACAUUUUCUUUUGGUCGGUUGUCAUAAAGCCAUAUUUUUGAAUUUUGGCUUCAGAAUAUAGAUGUAUUCUUUUCAUUCCCCAUGAGUCAAAUUGGAGCUAUUGAAGAGUAAAAGCUUUUUAUUACUGUAAGUUUUAAGAAUUAAAUUAUUAAUAAUUUAUUAUUUAAAUAUUUGAUCUAAUUAGAUAUGAUAAAAAUAGUUGGAUCUGAAAAAUAUCCCCAUUGACAUAAUGAAUCUCCUUAGUGAAAAUUUGGAUAAUAUCGGUAAUUUAGCAAAUACUUUAGCUGAUAAAUUUUUAAUUUAGACAGUUGACCGCAUUACAAAUAUUAAAAAAAAUUAACAACCAAAACAAUCGUUCAUACCUCUCUCAUGGUUAUUGUGCUUUAGAAUUUCUCCUAUUAAUUAAUCUUGUGUUAUUUUCCAAGUAUUUUGUGCUUUGUUAUUAUUGAAAUAGUUGUGAAACUUUAGGCAAUGCUUUUACUACAUUUCUCUUGUCAGUUAACUAUUACCUUACAGAGAAAAGACACCAGAACUUCAGUUCUCAUUCUUUAUAGCAAAUAAAGCUUCUUUACAAUAGGGGUCCCCUUGAGGUCUGUAACACAGCAGUUCAAUUAUUAUUGUGCCAAAAGGCAUUACCAAUAUCACUUCCAAUGCGAUUUCAGCAUUGUCCACAAUGACAACCUUAUACCAAGAUCCUCACACAUUUCUGUUAGUAGUUUUUUAGUGUGAUUCUUUCUAAAUGUUUUCUAUGGCUUAUUAUUUACUACUUCAUCAGUUAUUGAAUUAACAAUGAUUAUCAUUAUUUGAAUGGUUUUGUGAUUUGAGGAGGAUUGAAUAAUCAAAGAAUAUUUUAUUGGGCCCAAAAUAUCAUUACAUAGCUACUUCUGUUAAAUUUUAUGACCAUAUGGCACAAGAAAGAAGUGAUGUUGGAUAUGUUUAAAUUGAAAUGAGUAAAAAUGCAUAACCAUUUGUUUAAUACUUAUCUUUAUAGAAUGCUAGUUUAAUGACUUUUCUAACUGAAUUUUUUGAAGAAUUCAGAAAUGUUUGUAUUAGUCACAGAUUUAUCAUAAUUGAUUUUCUGAUGCAUUUAAAAAUGGAACACUAAAUGUAUAUUACCGAUGCAAACUGUGGAUAAAAUUAAAUGAAAAAAAUCUAA